CUGGGAUGCAAUAUGCCGUCAUCGCUUUUCCUUCGCGCCUUAAUCGACACCGAUUUUGGACGCGAUUGCUAAUUCGGUGUUUCCGAUGAUGCAUUUAUUGGAGCUAGGCUGGUGGUGGUGGUGGUGCUGAGGGUGUUGGGGGGUGCUUGAGGGGGUGACGUAUAUGAGCGGCCGGCGCAACACUCCCUCCAAUUGAUCCCAGUCAAGUCUUUCUAUUUUUGUUUUGGUUAAUAUACCCGGCAUUUUAUGUCAUUUGGCCUCUCGCUUUUUGCUGUUUUUCUCAGUUUUCCCCUUCUGCCCGGCUGCGCUUCUUUGGCUCGCCGAUACAUCUACAAACGCACUCCUCCCGCCAACCCUCCUGCACCACCAUCAUCACCAUCACCACCUCCUCCACCUCCACCUCCACCUCAGAUCACAAUGGCGACCGCCGAGAAGCAACAGCAAAGACAGAACCCCAUCAAGGAAGAGCCCCUGGACGAUGACAAGCAGGAUGACUUUUCCGACGAAUAUGAGGAUGACUAUGACGACGAGGAAGACGACGACCAAGCCCAGGAAGAUACCUCAGGCAAGGCAGUGCAAGCGCGCCGACGCCCAGGGCAGACUAUAAGCAGCAAAGACAAGCCGCCGGCCGUCAAACAGAAGAAGGGCAUUGACGACGAGGAGGGGCUGAAGUUGAAGUUGGACAUCAAUUUGGAUAUCGAGGUUGAGCUCAAGGCAAGAAUCCAUGGCGAUUUGACCCUAGCUUUACUGAGUUAACGCCAUCGAGAAAAUAGUGCCUAAGAAUAUCGAAACUAGACAUCUCACACCGUGCUCUUGCUUCCUAACGAGUUACGAGGUUUUGAAACUGCCGUCUUACCUGUUGGAG